AAUUGUUUUUAAUUUAAGUCAUUGAACGAAGUAAACAUAUUUUUACGGUAAUAUUGUCUUGAAUGCGGAAAAUUCAAGCGACACGUUUUAAACAAAGCUUAUCAAAUAAAAACUAAAAAUAAAUGAGUCUAUGUUAAUGGCACAAAUUAAAUCCAUGCAUUUUCGCUAUUUGUGUAGAUUAUUUAUCUGUCAGUUUAACGUCAUAUAAAUAGUGAAAUCAAAAACUUAAUUACUAGAAAUGUAUACGGGCCAAAAUUCACUGCGUCACCCCACAAAAUGGGCUCUGAACGCCUCGGCUUACGACAAUGUAUCAGCCGACCAAGUGGACUGGGCGGCUUUAGCGCAGCAAUGGAUCCAAAUGAAAGAAACGAGCCCGGCAGAGUCUUCCAUGCCCCUUACGGCUCCGCCACCGCCCAACAUUACUCCGAUUAAUAUACGACCACCUCCUGCUCCUGCAUGGAACAGUACUGCUUGGAAUUACCCUGGAGGUGUUUCACAGCCAGCAUGGCCCCCAGCAGCGGCCGGCAAUAAUUGGAAUUGGAAUAAUUCAGUAAACAUCACGGCACCACCACCUCCUAUUAUUUCUAACAUUGAAAGUAUUCCAAAAGAAGAGCCUGCUUUACCAAAUUCUACAUUUAGUACAUUUCCUCCAAGUAUUCCACCAGCAUAUCCGGCUGUGCAACCCCUGAAAGAAUAUUGGACGAUUCCUGAACAAUCAACUAAAGAGAAAUCAAGUUAUAAGGAGGAAUAUGUUCAGCCUCAACAAGGGUUUCCUGACGCUGGGAUUACUUUGGAUGCAGCUAAGAGGAAACAACUUCCAGCAUGGAUAAGACAAGGUCUUGAGAAAAUGGAAAGAGAAAAGCAGAAGCAAAUGGAAAAGGAACAAGACUUAGAACAAAGAAGAAUUAUGUUAGAACAAAAAAGACUUGCCGAGGAGCAAGCUUUCAAAGAACUACAGCAAGAAAAUUCCACUGGUGUAAUACGGAGCAAAUUUGACUCGGAUACAGACGAAGAAGACAUUAAUGGCAAAUCUACGCAUGAUGAAGAGCAAGAAGUUCCAAAAUAUAAAAAAGUGACUAAAGUUGAACCACCACCUAUUAUAUCACAAUUCAGGACUAAGGAGGAGAGGUUACAGGAUGUGAUGUUAUGUGUGCGCCAGACUCUUACAGAAAUUCUACUUGAUGUGACAAAUGAUGAAAUUUUAGCAAUAAGUCGUGAUACUAUAAACCGUUUUAAAAAUUCAGCACAAACUCUACGCAAGACGAAUGCUUUAACAUCCAUUACGGGUGGAUUAGGACUUGGCAUUUAUGGUGAAUCGAGUGGUUCAGAGUCAGAUAAUUCUGAUAAUGACGAUUCUCCAGAUGGUAGUAAAGAUAAUAAUAAAGACUCAGAUCUAGAGCUUGAGAGAGCGAUUCGGCAAAAACGAUCAGAGUUUGAGAAGACAUCAAGAGAAAUAGAAGCAAAACUACAAGCAGAAGAAGACGGCAUGAAAAAGACUAGGGCAUCCACAUCUAGAGAACUGAAGGAGUCUGAUAGGAAUGCAGAGCCAGAGAUUAAAUCAGGUCGUGGUGAUGGUGAGAAAUAUUAUAGGAAUCCAGAUGCAGAUGCAAAAUCAUCAGUUUCAAAUACUCAUCAAAAUACUCUCAAUCGAAACAAAAGUGAUGUGCCAAAGAUUGAACAAAAUGUCCAAGUCGAGAAAAAAUCUGAAUCUAGAAAGAAAUCUAGAUCUGAAAAAUCACAGUCUUCUCGAAGUAGUAGUGAAUCUGACAUAGAUUCAGAUACAGAUUCUGAUUCCAAUAGUUCUAGAACUCGGACAUCAGAGACUUCUGAAUCAUCAAACCACAGUUCACGAGAAAAAAGAACAAAUCUUUGCCGAAAAAAAUCACAAAAAUCAGCAAGUCCAGAGAGAAACAGAAGGUCUUCCACUAAAAAAAGCAGUAAAAGUAGAGAUAAAAGAGUAUCUGAUAAAGAUUAUGAUAUAAUGAGUAUGAAAGAAAGUAAAGAUUAUGCGAAAAUGAAAAAGAAUGAGAAAGCAAAAAGAUCUGUUCGAGACAGCAGAUCUCUUUCAUAUGAUAGAAGGUCGAGAUCUCGGGAGAGUAGUAGGUACAAACCGGUAAAAGAGCGGUCGAGAUCUAGAGACAGAAAACAUGAUAGAGAUCAUCGUUCACGAUCGGUUGAGAGUUCUUAUUCCCGAGGGCGCGCAAGGAGUUCUAGGUCCAGUCUGAGACGGCAUAGAUCUCGCUCUAGAGAUACCCAUCGUCAUAGAUCACGUUCAAGAUCUUAUUCUCGAGAUAGAAAACGUCGCAGCAGAUCACGGGAUCGGGACCGAGACAGUUCAUACAAGAGGCACAGGAGUAGGUCGAGAUCGAGGUCUUCGCGCAGGUCGAGAUCAAGAAGUCGUGGUAAGAGGUCGCACAGGCGUUAAGAAUAGCAAAAAUAAAC